GGUGACUUAACAGAAAUGUAUUGUCUUGGUUCUGGAGGCCUGAAGUCCUAGAUCAAGGUGAUGGCAGGAUUGGCUCCUUCUACAGCAGUGAGGGGGAAAGUGUCCAGGCCUCCCUCCUAGCUUCUCAUGGUUUCCUGGUAAUUUUUGGCAUUCCUUGGCUUGUAGAAGCAUCACCCUGAUUUCCACCUUCAUUCGUCCGCUCAUUCCUUCACGUACCUCCUCGUUGUCACUGAUGUUCUCUCAGGCUAUUAUCCUGAGCCUUCAGAGGCCCAGGCUCCUGUUUCUCACACGGUAAUGUUCUAACCCCGAGAGGAGACUAAGAGUUGAGGAUCUGAAUUUUCACCCCACCUCCCUCAGCACCACAGCUCUGACAACCCCCAUGGCUGACAGCAAAGAAAGGAAGGUGCAAGCUGUUCUCCGCAGCUGUUUGCCCCACCCUGUACUGUUGGGUGAUGCAGGAGACACACACAGCCCCACAGCAGGGGGCCUGUGAAAUGUGGACACACACACACAACCUUUCUGGAGAAAGCAGUGGAGCUCCCAAGUCACCAUGGAACUGUGGAAUGCUGCACCUGGGUGUCCUCUUCAGUAACAUGGAGGUUGGACUGGGCAGUCCCUUCUAGCUCUGACUUCCUCUAGGACUGGGAUUACAGGAUUCUGGGAAACCAAAGCCCUGCCUGUUGGGAAGUAUAGGGUUCUAGAGCCACUAUGAAGGGCUUUCUGGAUUGGCCUUGGACAGGGGAAGAGGAGGAAGAGUGGGCAUUUCAGGCAAGCCAAACGGCAUGAGCACAAAGGCUUUGGGGCAGGCUGGGGGUAGAUUCUGAUAGGGACUGAAUUGAGGAGCUCCCACAGGCCCCGGCUCAAGAGAGCCUGUCUCUCCUCGUCUGGCACCUGCCAUGUCAGUUCUGUGCAGGGUAGAGCCCAGAGAUGACCAGACUCCUGUACUCAGCCGUCCAUUCAGCAUUUCCACUAGUAUGUCUAAUGCCAGACUCUUCAUGUUCACCCACACCUGGAUCAUCAUCACCCCCCUACUUUGUUUCCCCCAUCUCCCUCAUCCCAGGUCCCAUCAGCUCUGUCCCUACAGCUGCUCUGUCACUUUGACUCUCUCUCUCUCAGCCCCAGAUCCAAGCUACCAGAAAGUUUUCUGACUCCACCUUCCAAACAUGCUCAGAAUCCACCCACUUCUCACCAUCUCCACUGUCACCAUCCUGGUCUGUGCUACCAUCGUCACUUACUGGGACUGUUGCAGUAGCUUCCUCACUAGUCCUCUAUUUCUACCCUCACCUUCUUAGAGUCUGUCCCUUCACAGCAACCAGCGGGAUCUUUUGAGUCCACGUCCCCUGCUACUCCCAGAUAUGCCCAAGUCACUGGGGUAAAAUUAUGUUCCCAGAAGAAAAUCAGAGACCAGCCCCAGUGGGAUCAGCAAAGAUUGUGGGAUUAGCAAAAGUUGUGUGACCGAUGCCAGGUUCAGGGAGGACUGGAGGGCUGAGGCCUCAAUUCAAGGCCUCAAGUGGUGGGGGAAGAAGCUGAGACCUACCCUGGCUGAGGCCCCACAAACCACCAUGAACCCCCAGCUGCCCUCUGGAGAACACAUCCCCACCAGGGCUGUGCCAGCAUGUGCAGGAAAGCCACAUGCUGAAUGGUGCAAGUCUGCACAUGGGACAUGUGGGUGGACACACACACACACACACACACACACCCAUGUUCCUGACACCAAUGUGUGUGUAUGUGUGCAUGCACCCAUGAUUAGAGCUGGGGUCUAAUUGUGGGAUACUUCGGGACAUGUCCCAGCCAAUGACUGCUCUGACCAGAGGGGGUGUCCACAUGGUUCAGGUGGAUGAGUAUUUUGCACACCACCAACACAUGUAUAACUCCUUCCCCUAUGUCUCUACAGCCUGACCUUGGACAAGGACCCAAUGCCCAACCCCAGGCCUGCCAAGCCCUUGGCCCCUUCCUUGGUGCUCAGCCCAUCCCCAGGAGUCUCGUCCAGCUGGAGGGCUGCACCCAAGGCCUCAGACCUGCUGGGGGCCAAGGGCCCGGGGACAACCUUCCAGGGCCGGGACCUCCGAGGUGGGGCCCAUGCCUCCUCCUCCUCCUUGAACCCCAUGCCACCAUCACAGCUGCAGCUGCCCACAGUGCCCCUAGUCAUGGUGGCACCUUCUGGAACACGGCUGGGUCCUUCGCCCCACUUGCAGGCACUCCUCCAAGAAAGGCCACACUUCAUGCACCAGCUCUCAACAGUGGAUGCCCAUGCCCGGACCCCCAUGCUGCAGGUGCACCCACUGGAAAGACCAGCUAUGAUCAGCCUCCCGCCACCCACUGCUGCCACUGGGGUCUUCUCUCUCAAGGCCCGGCCUGGCCUGCCACCUGGGAUCAACAUGGCCAGCCUGGAGUGGGUGUCCAGGGAACCAGCAUUGCUCUGCACCUUCCCAAGCCCUGGUGCACCCAAGAAAGACAGGUCAGUGGGAAAAGCUGGGAAGGACCCUUGCCUUGGUAUUCCCUCCCCUGACACCUUCUGUCCCCCCAGCACCCUUUCGACCGUGCCCCAGGGCUCCUACUCACUGCUGGCAAAUGGUGUCUGCAAGUGGCCCGGAUGUGAGAAGGUCUUUGAGGAGCCGGAGGACUUCCUCAAGCACUGCCAGGCAGACCAUCUCCUGGAUGAGAAGGGCAGGGCACAGUGUCUCCUCCAGAGGGAGGUGGUGCAGUCUCUGGAGCAGCAGCUGGUGCUGGAGAAGGAGAAGCUGGGUGCUAUGCAGGCCCACCUGGCUGGGAAGAUGGCCCUGACCACGCCUCCAUCUGUGGUGUCAUCUGACAAGGGCUCCUGCUGCAUUGUAGCUGCUGGCACCCCGGGCACCACCCUUCCGGCCUGGCCUGGCCCCCAGGAGGGCCCCAAUGGCCUGUUUGCUGUGCGGAGGCACCUCUGGGGCAGCCAUGGACAUAGUACAUUCCCAGAGUUCUUCCACAACAUGGACUACUUCAAGUUCCAUAACAUGCGGCCCCCGUUCACCUAUGCCACUCUCAUCCGCUGGGCCAUCCUGGAGGCUCCUGAGAAGCAGCGAACACUCAAUGAGAUCUAUCACUGGUUCACACGCAUGUUCGCCUUCUUCAGAAACCACCCUGCCACCUGGAAGAAUGCCAUCCGCCACAACCUGAGCCUGCACAAGUGCUUCGUGCGGGUGGAGAGCGAAAAGGGGGCUGUGUGGACCGUGGAUGAGUUUGAAUUCCGCAAGAAGAGGAGCCAGAGGCCCAGCAGGUGUUCCAACCCCCUAGCUGGCCCCUGACUGCAAGCCAAGGAAAGGAAGGAAGGACAGGGGCCAACAUGUGGGGCAAAAGUGGCUGGGGGCGGGGGUGACAGGCCCGGACAUACUCGCAGCGACCAAGAAGUGCGUGCAGGGACCCUACUACCAAGCUGACUACCCCCCCUCCCCGAAUCAUAUGCUCUGCACCAAGGCUGCUCAGAGGGACCUCAACCCCGCACUCCCAUCAUAGCCCCCCACGACAGGCUCUCCAGGCAAACUGAGCCUUCACAAUUGACCACACACACAGCCUGCCUUGGGCACUCACAGGCAACCUAGGGCUGAAAAAAAGUCACAAUCCUGUCGCUUGGACUUCAUACAAACCCCCAAACAAAGAGCCUGUCUCAGUACACUCACACAACCUCAAAUCUGCAGUCACACGGACAAUCGCACCUGAGUACGCCUGUCAACCCACAUACCCCGAAGCACACUCCCUCAGCCAGCCUACAGGCCCCUAGGUGCAUCACAGGGGGGAUGCCUACACACCCACACAGAAGCAGCCUUAGUGCCUUCAGGGUCUCAGGUCCUAGAAAGCCACAUAGACACAUACCAGUCACACACAGUCUUACGCAGUUCCUACCACUUACACUUGGUCACACGGUCCAUUAGAACUCACCUGCACACCACGCACACCCACACAGCGCCCCAGUGGGUCUUGAGUCCCACACGAC